ACACACACACACGUACACACACGUACACACACAGAGCUCUCGGGUUAUUUCACUAAAUUAUUAUUUAUUUUAUUUUAUUAUUUUAUCAUAGAUAGAGAGGUAUCUAGAGUGUUAGCUUAGCAGUCUAAUCAUCAGGUUCUGGAUUUGUACAAGGAUCUGAGCUGAGCAAUUGGUCAAGAGACGCCAUGUCUGGAAGAGGCCGAGGCCGGAGUCUCUUCACCUUUAACGUGGACUCCUUGGGUUUCGGCAGAGGAGACGCUUUACCCAGCAGCGCUCAGGCGCCUUCGCCGCUCUACCCGCCCAUGCAGUUCAGGCCGGUUCCUCUGCAAACGGGCGAGGAGGUGGAGUACAUGCUGGCGCUUAAACAAGAACUCCGAGCCUCCAGCAAGAACCUGCCUUUCCACAUCAAACCGUCUGCACCUAAGAAAGACGUGGCCCGUUACUCGGAUAAGUACCAGACCGGAGAGACCAAGCACAGCGAAUGGACUCCGGACUGGAGUCGACUCCCUAAAGAGCUUUGCAUUAAAGUUGAGAAGUCGCGUAAAGGCAAGACCAAACCGGUAGUGAAGCGCAAAAUCAAACCUGCUGCUCCCAAAGAACUUUUAGAAAAACUGGAGGACCUGGAGAAGAAAGAGGAGGAGAACAAGUCUGGGGAGGAGGAGGAGGAGGAGGGUGAUGAGAAGAAGAAAAAGACUCAAGAGGAAGAAGGAGAGCCUGGUGAUGUGGAGGAAUAUGAUGAGGAAGAGUUUGAAGAGGAGACGGACUACCUCAUGUCAUACUUCGACAACGGUGAGGAUUUCGGAGGAGACAGUGAUGACAACAUGGAUGAAGCCACCUACUAAAAAACAUCAUUUUAAAUGAGAUUUUAUUUAUUUCUCAUGCGCUGGAGAUAUUUUUUUCAGGCAAGAGACGGUGUGUGUGUGUCUGUGUGUGUGUGUGUGUGUGAGAGAG